UAAAAACGUUUAACAAAUCACCCGGCCACACAAAUUCCGUUUUUUGGCGGUUAUUUUGAGCACCAAAACAAGCCGCGUCCACAGUUUGACAGCUGAUUUUCCGGUUUGUUUGUUUUUGCGAGGAUGUUGCUGCGGAGAUUGUGGAACCAGGCCGGAUCGUUGUGCGGCCACCGGGCCGUUAGCUACGUGCAGGGCCAGGCACCGGCCCCGAAACUACGCGAGUACUUCUACUACAUCGAUCACGAGGGUAUGCUCUUUCUAGAUGAUGCACGGAUAAAGAAUUUCACCUCCUGCUUCAAGGAGAAGCAAUUUCUGGAGUUUUUCUUCAAGCGCCUCAAGAUAAACGAUACCGACCGGUACCGGGACGAGUUUCCUUUCCUGUCCGUGUGUGGCCGUGAGCGGAACUACGUCCGCUGCGAUGAUCUACCGAUCGUGUUCACACACAUCGUGCGUGAUGGGGACGGCACCGAACGGCUAGCGUACGCACAUGCCAGCGAUAAGCUGAGUGUCGAGUGGCAACCGGAUCGUAUCUGCAUGUUUCCGGCCAGUGGUCGGGUGUACCACCCAGCCCCGGAGCGCUACGGUUCGAUCGGAUUGGUUCGUUCGAAGCUUGCGAUCGAGCUGAGCAACGGGUUCACGUUCCGCAACGGCGAAGAUCAUCCACCAACACACUUCCUGUGGAACGGAACGGACUACGAGCUGGAUCAAAGCUGGUGGCAUGAUACGUAUAUCGGGCGCCGCGAGCAAGCAGAAGUGAAUGAUUAAUGUUAAAACUGAUUGUGAUAUAUCGACGUGAUUAGAUACCUUUUUUGUUUUC